AGAGAGGAUUGCACUUUUGUAUUUAAAUGUUGUUAUUUUUUUUGUAUUUUUUAUUAAUAUCUGAUGUGGGAAAUGUAUCGCUCCACGACAACACGUUCGUAGAUCUGGCACCGGCCUCCCAUGUCGCUGGUCUGACAGACGCCGACUCCUCGGCGAGGGUCAGAAAAUGAACGCCUCCUGUGAUCCUGCAGUCGUGGCGUAUCAGCAGAGCUCCGGGUGCGACCUUGACGGCAGCUGUGACUGGCUGUCUCCUCCCCGCUGUAACUGGACGGUGGCGGACGGCGGAGCGCCGCGGCUGCCCACCUUUUCCACGGCGGCCAAAGUUCGAGUGAUCUUCACCUUCAUCCUGUGUGGCGUUUCCACUUUUUGCAACUUGACUGUGCUGUGGGCGGCCAACGACCACAAGCGCAAAUCCCACGUCCGCGUGCUCAUAAUCAACCUGACUGCGGCCGAUCUCUUGGUCACCUUCAUCGUGAUGCCCGUGGACGCCGUGUGGAACAUCACCGUCCAGUGGCUGGCCGGAGACCUGGCUUGCCGGUUCCUGAUGUUCCUCAAGCUGCAGGCCAUGUACUCCUGUGCCUUUGUCACCGUGGUGAUCAGUCUGGACAGACAGUCAGCCAUCCUCAAUCCUCUGGCCAUCAGCAUGGCGCCGAGAAGGAACCGGGUCAUGCUGGCGGUGGCGUGGACCAUGAGCGCCUUGUUCUCAAUCCCUCAGAUGUUCAUUUUCCAUAAUGUGACCAUCACAUACCCAGCCAACUUUACUCAGUGCACCACGAGGGGCAGCUUCGUCACUCACUGGCAGGAAACGGCGUACAACAUGUUCACCUUCUCCUGCCUCUUCCUGCUGCCGCUGGUCAUAAUGAUCAUCUGCUACACCAGGAUCUUCAUCCAGAUCUCCAAACGGAUGACAACAAGGAACUUGUCCUCCGACGAGCCGCAUCUCCGUUGCUCCAAGAACAACAUCCCCAAAGCCAGGAUGAGAACUCUGAAAAUGAGCAUCGUUAUAGUGAUCUGCUUCAUAGUCUGCUGGACUCCGUACUACCUGUUGGGUUUGUGGUACUGGUUCUUUCCGGACGACCUGGAGGGGAAAGUCUCCCACUCCCUCACCCACAUCCUGUUCAUCUUCGGGCUUUUCAACGCCUGCCUGGACCCCAUCAUCUACGGCCUGUUCACCAUACGCUUUCGCAAGGGGCUGAGGAGCUCCUACCGCAAAUCCGCGGCGAUGUCCGACCGGGAGAUGAAAUGCACGGCCGCUGCUUUGUCCUCCAAAAGAGGGAUGAGGACCGUUGAAAAGGACAGCAGCAACGGACGGGCUGAGUCCAAAUCCUCUGACGGCAGGUCUCCGUCCAGUCGAGGGGGAGGAGGACAACCGUGUCAUUUCAGUGCUGAGAGCACAAUAUGA